AUGUUCAAUGGCAUCAUCAUUAGUUCAUUCAGAGACAUCAUAGGCAAUAGUUCAUUCAGAGGCACCAUCAGCACUAGGUCAUUCAGAGACAUCAUCAACACUAGGUCAUUCACAGGCAUCAUCAGCACUAGGUCAUUCAGAAGCAUUAUCAGCACUAGGUCAUUCAGAGACAUCAUCAUCAACACUAGGUCAUUCAGAGGCAUGAUCAGCACUAGGUCACUCAGAGACAUCAUCAAAACUAAGACAUUCACGGGCAUCAUCAGCACUAAGUCAUUCAGAGGCAUCAUCAACACAAGGCAAGUGGCCCUUGGCAUCCUUAGAUCCCCUCGUCAUUCAGGCUAUCUGAAGCCCUCCACCUACCCAACUAACUUCUGCUUACCCUCCCCCACAUGCUUAAUCCUCCUUAUCUAUGAGUUCAGUGACAAGGAAAAUAGGUGGGGAACUGAACAUAUGACUAACCAUAUCUAUCUACCUCACUCCGUUCAUAUCUAUCUAUCUAUCUAUCUAUCUAUCUAUCUAUCUAUCUAUCUAUCUAUCUAUCCCUGUCUGUUCCUAUCUAUCUAUCUAUCUAUCUAUCUAUCUAUCUACCUCACUCCGUUCAUAUCUAUCUAUCUAUCUAUCUAUCUAUCUAUCUAUCUAUCUAUCUAUCCCUGUCUGUUCCUAUCUAUCUAUCUAUCUAUCUAUCUAUCUAUCUAUCUAUCUAUCUAUCUAUCUCCGUCAGUUCCCAUCUAUCUAUCUAUCUAUCUAUCUAUCUAUCUAUCUAUCUAUCUAUCUAUCUAUCUCAGUCUGGUUAUCUAUCUAUCUAUCUAUAUUAAUAUCUAUGUAUGUCACUCUUUUCAUAUUUAUCUAUCUAUUUAUCUAUCUAUCUCUUUCUGUUCAUAUCUAUCUAUGUCUUUGGUGCCUUUCUUAAUUAUAUCUAUUACUCCAGAGCAUGAUAGGAAUUGUCUGUGA